AUGAUCAGUAAAAUCUUAGCUUUUGGAGCGAUGCUUGUCGCAGCCAAUGGUGAUCUCUACCAUGGGCUUGGACAUGCAGUUUCCACUCAAAAUAUCGUGCGUCACGAUGAACAUGGCACUCCAGUCUUUAGCGAUGUCCAUUACAAUCCGUUGGCAUAUUCAGCACAUUACCCUGACCCGUCUGCUUAUUACGGUGACUUGGAUUAUAACGCCCAUCCCAAAUACAACUUCGCAUACUCCGUGGCUGACCCUCACACAGGCGACCACAAAUCGCAGCAAGAAAGCCGCGAUGGCGAUGUUGUGCAUGGCUCCUAUUCGUUGGUCCAACCAGACGGAUCCGUACGCAAAGUCGUGUACACAGCUGAUGACCACAGCGGGUUUAACGCCGUAGUCCACAACUCCGCGCCUUUUGUUCAUCCUCAAGCCGCUUAUCAUCAUUACUAA